GAAACACAGUCAGUGAUGGAGGGUGAUUCUGUUACUCUACAUACUGAUGUUACUGAAAUACCUGAAGAUGAUGAAAUAAUGUGGAAUUUUGGAGCUAACAACUCUCUGAUAGCUCAAAUAAAUAAAGCCUCUGGAAUCUUCUCCACAUCUGAUGUUCCUGACGGGAGAUUCAGAGACAGACUGAAUCUGGACAGUAAGACUGGAUCUCUGACCAUCACAAACAUCACAACUCAACACACUGGACUCUAUAAAGUAAAGAGAAUUGCAGCUGAACUCUCAUUAAAAACUUUCAGUGUUUCUGUCUAUGCUCAUCUUCCUGUUCCUGUCAUCAGCAGUAACUCUUCACAGUGUUCUUCUCCAUCAUCUUCAUCACAGCAGAAUUGUUCAUUGGUGUGUUCAGUGGUGAAUGUGAGUCAUGUGACUCUCUCCUGGUACAAAGGAAACAGUUUAUUGUCCAGCAUCAGUGUGUCUGAUCUCAGCAUCAGUCUCUCUCUACCUCUGGAGGUGGAAUAUCAGGAGAAAAACAGCUACAGCUGUGUGAUCAACAAUCCCAUCACAAACCAGACCACACAUCUGGACAUC